UAUAUGCGUAUUAAUAUUAAUUCCAUUGAACAAAUAUAUACGAUUAAUUGAAGAUAUGUUAGAGUGCAUACACGAUAAAAAUAAGUUGUAUUAAAAAUUGAAUGUGUUUAACGGCACUUAAAAUUUGCAAAGAUUUUGUAUAAAUAAAGAGUGACGCAUAUUUAUAAAAGGGAGAAAGGGGCACUGAAUGGACCAUAAAUGGUGACGGCCCUGAAGCCGGUGGCGGAGUGAUUCGUGGUACUCUGUGGGGGCCCUCAGCUGUUUCCCGCCAAAGAUCGCCAUUACAAAACGCGUUCGGGCGUUGUGUGUGCGCCGCGCGGAGUGGCUGUUCCGUGGACGAAUCUCGGUGCGUGCCACCGUGGUUUAAAAAAUUAAUUAACGAGUUCCGGAGAAUCCGCGUCAUAGGCGUGAGGUGUGCGCGUCGUUUUUGUGGAGUGUGCGAGAAAAGCCCGUCGUCUUUUCGCUGCCGCGACGACGGUUGCUGGGACGUGGAAUCGCGCGGCGGGAUUCUCAGUGCUGCGGACUAACGAGAUAUGUCAGUGUUUGGUAGUGAGGAUCGAAUUCUACUUGAAGAAAUUGUUGAAACCACCGAGGAACAAGAAACUAAUUUGUGCGGAAGCAUCGGAACAGUGGAGGAGGGCUCGGUGGCCACGAGCGUGACGAUCGCCGAGGUCGUUGAUUCGCAAGAGCAACAGCAACAGCAAUCGAAGAGCAACGGCGCAGUAUCUCGCCGUGUUGCUGGUCAAAACGUUGCGUUGAGCAACGGAAAUAGUACCAGCAACGUCGGCCGUGUGACACCGCGAAGCCACAUGGAGCAGGAGAAGCGUAUGCGGCGAGAAAUCGCCAACAGCAAUGAACGACGUCGGAUGCAGAGUAUUAACGCCGGUUUCCAAUCGCUGAGGACGUUGCUGCCGCACCACGAGGGCGAGAAACUUUCUAAGGCUGCGAUACUUCAGCAGACUGCCGAAUAUAUAUACCAGCUGGAACAAGAGAAGACCCAACUGUUGUCACAGAAUUGUCAAUUGAAACGGUUGGUGAAUCAGCACGAGGGUGGCGAUGUUCCGAUCAAGAAACGCAAACCAGAUAAUCAAGGAGGCGUCGUUGUUAGCCUACCGAUGCACGUUAGCGAGAGCGGUGACGAAGGAUUGGGCAGCAUGUCCCCUGAACCAUUGUCGGUAAUAACGGUAACCACGGAGGGACAUUCCGUGGUCAACAACGAGGUGGUAGAGCUGAGGCGACAGUUGGAGAGGGAACGUCACGCGAGGUUGCGUCUAGAGAAGCAAAUGAGAGUUAUACAGAAUCAACUGUAUCCGGAGAGAUUUAGAGAUAAUCAGCUAAUCACUUACCAACCUCACGAGGUGAUCGAACACACGGACAACGUGAUCGCUCAAGAGACGGAGGACGCGGUCGCCGCGCUUCAGGUGGUUUCCGUGGUGUCUUUGGCACAGGUUGGCACGACGCAGACCGUGGAAACGUCUAGUCCGGAUCCAAGUUCACCGCCCCUGUCCCCACAGCCCGCGGACAUGGUACCAGAGGAGAUGAAAGAGGAGGAGGCGGGCCCGGGCUCGCCAAAGAUCGUGACGUUCGGCCAGAACCAGGUGUUCUCCGCGAUCGACGAGCAGACUACCGGCGACUCGUUCUCCUCCUCGAGUCGCGUCACGUACACCACGAGUACGGGGGAGUUCAAGAACGCGUCACCCCAGUACAUCACCACCAGCCCCACCAGACCGUUCUCGCCUGCCGCGGAACCGCAGCGGCUACCCAGCAUCCUCGAGGCCGCGAUGAAAGCGGAGCCGAAGGUUGAGGUCGAGAGGUUGCCGUCUCCAUCGAACUCGUUGGACGACGGUUCCCCUCAGGCCAGACUCUAUCUGGCCAACACCUCGAGACAGAAUCUGGAAACGAUCGUCGAGGCGAUACGCCACCUCGAAGGAGAUCAUCUGUUCAGCGACGAGCCGGCCCAGGACGUGCCGCUCGCGUUGACCAAUAAACAAACGGCCAUCACGUCGGGCAAAACGUCGACGACGCCCGGCGCGUCGCCGGCCGCCUCAGCGAAGCAACGGCUCCUCCAGGCCGAGUUCCUCCAGUUCCACAGGCAACAACAGCAGACCCAACAGCGGCCUGGCGUGAUCGUGGUCAAGCACUCGUGAUCGAAAGGCGCGUCGCGAUCGGCAAACUGAACGCGCGCGUCCGCCGCGGCAAACUCGCCUCCGCUCGAGAAUUAAAACGAACAAUCGAAAAAAAGAAAAAAAAAAAAAAUCCCGCGACGCGACAUUCGAGACAUCAAGAGGAAUUUGCUUUCGAGAAAAAGUGUGUGUUGUACGCGUGAGAGGGAGAGAAAGAGUGAGAGAAAGAGAGCGUGCGUCGA